AUGCUUUUUAGUCCAAAUGCUAAGGCAAAUGUGAAUGAGGGUAUUCUUAAGGAGCUUGGGGCAAGACUGAUAUUAAACUGUGAGAAGUACUUGGGUUUGCCAAUUAUGGUUGGCAAGUCUCGCUACAAUACUUUUAGGUGUAUAAAGGAUAGGGUUUGGCAAAGGGUAAAUAAUUGGAAGAAUAAGUUCUUAUCCCCUGCUGGGAAAGAAAUACUCUUGAAGGCAGUCAUUCAAGCUGUCCCUAAUUACUAUAUGAAUGUCUUCAAGCUACCUAGGAAAUUAUGUAUGGAAAUAGAUGCUGUUAUGGCUAAAUUUUGGUGGGGGUACAAGGCAAAUGACAGGAGGAUCCAGUGGAAAAGUUGGUCUGCAAUGGGGGUGUCAGAAAUUGAGGGAAGAUUGGAGUUUAGGGAGUUUGAGAGUUUUAACUCUACUGUGCUAGCAAAACAAUGUUGGAGGCUGUUGACUAACCCUCAAUCUUUAGCUACAAAGGUGUUAAAAGAUAACUAUUUCAGACAUUCUGAUCUAUUACAAGCUAAAAUAGGCUACUGA